AACCUCCGCACCUCAAUCGAGGACGCAGAUGAAUGGCUGCCAAGGGCGGGCUUCGUCCCGACUAAACUCGCCUCGUGAUCCUCGGAGCCAACUCUAUAUGUGCAAGACCCGAAAGGACGUUGACGCCGCCAGUCCCCGACCCAAGCCCACAUCCUCGCCCUCGGCUUCCGCCGCCUCCGACGCAGUCCGCCCCUCCUACUACUUCGCCCCCGUUGCCAGCUCCGCCAGUACAGGCGGCGACCGCCACGCCCGCCGCCUCCUCUAUGACUCCGACUUCGACUCCUCCGCCGCCUCCGUCGCUGCCAACCUCCGGCUCUCCCUCUCCCAGGAAAGCCACCCCUUCCACUACUCCUUCAUCGAGAUCCUCUCCGCCACCGAUCGCUUCCUCUCGCCGCCGCUGUCCCCCUCUGCCGAUUCAUGGCGCUGCCGCCUACGCGGCGGCGAUGCCGUUGUGUUCCGCCGCCCCUUCCUCGGCAACACCGCCGUGUUGCCCUCCCGCAUCGCCGCCCUUUGCCGGAGCCAUCAUGGCAGCGUCGUGGAGCUCCUCGGCGCCUCCCUCGCAGAUGACUAUAUCUACAUCGUCUAUAGCUACGUCGCCGGCGCCAGCCUCUUCCGGUGCCUCAGGAACCCCCAAAACCCCAGCUUCACCCCGCUCGCUUCCUGGUUCUCCCGCGUUCAGGUCGCCGCCGACGUCGCUCAGGGCCUCGAGUACAUCCACCACCACUCCGAGACGGUCCACAACUGGGUGAAGAGCUCCGGCAUCAUCAUCACUGAGCCUGGCCUGCGCGCCAAGAUUUGCCACUUCGGCGCCGCAGAGCUGGCCGGCGAGGUUCCUGCCAACGAUGACGACAUUGAUGGGAAGGUAUUGGACGACUCGGCCGCGGCGGCGGCGGAGCUGGCGAGGUCGAGGAGCCGAGGGAAGAAGAUCGAAUGGACGAGGGGAUACAUGGCGCCGGAAGUGCUCGCCGGCGGUGUGGUGUCGCGUCGGUCCGACGUGUUCGCGUUUGGGGUGGUGCUCCUGGAGCUUCUCUCAGGGGAGGAGCCGGUGAGGUACCGGUUCUGCCAAGAGAAAGACGCCAUCGAGAAGGUGUCGGUGAUCGAGACGGCGAGGGCGGCGAUGGGGCCGGAAGGAGAGGACGAGGCGGAGGAGGAGGAGGAGGAGGGGAGGAGGGGAAGGAUAAGGAGGUGGGUGGACAGGAGGUUGGGCGACUCGUUUCCGGUGGAUGGUGCGGAGGAGGGGAUGCGGGUGGCGCUGAGGUGCGUGGCGGAGGAGGCGGCGGAGAGGCCGCAGAUGGUGUGGGUGGCGGGGAAGCUGUCGAAGCUGCUAAUCCGGGCCAAGGCGUGGGACGACCGGCUGAAGACAACUCCCACCCGCUACCUGACAUCCGUUGGCCCCAGAUGAACGAGUGGGCGAGUCAACUCGGCCGGUUCGCUGGUCUUUAACUGGCUGACUCGCUGUGACUCGCUGGGUUAUGCUUCGUGAUAGAAGAUAAGAUUUUCACUAUAUGAGGAAAUUUCUACAAUAAAGCUUCUUCAAUUAUUGUUCUUAUCUUCUAUUAUUUCUAUCAUGGUAUCAGAGCCGCUUGCCUAGAGCCGCUUGCCCCACCUUUCUUCCUCCCCGCUUGCCUAGAGCCGCUUGCCCCACCUUUCUUCCUCGUUGUAGCUAUUUUCCUUCCUCUUCUGCUACAGCUUCCUCUUCUGCUACAGCUUCCUCUUCUGCUACAGCUUUCUCCUCUGUUGCAGUUUCCUCCUUUGCUGUAGUAGCAUCACUGCAACAUUGCUGUAGAUUUCUUCUCUAACGUCGCAGCCGUCGUAAUCUGCCUUCGGCCAGCGACCAACGUCGCUGAGAAAAGUGAAGCUUCAUCCUAGAAGAUAAGAUUUUCCUAACUAUAUGAGGAAAUUUCUCUAUUCUGUUGAGGAAAAUCUUCUAUUCUGUUAGGGAAAUCCUCCUUCCUAAUUUGUAUAUUCCUAAUUUGUAUAAAUAGGAGAGGGAACAUGUUAAUAGAUUCAAGCUAAAGCUAUUUCAUUUUUAUAAUAAAGCUUCUUCAAUUAUUGUUCUUA